AUGGCGCACGGUUUCAAGCGCUGGUUCAGAUCCAGCCAGAGGCCGCUACGCGCAUUCGAUAACGGUGUCUUAAUAACGUUCCUCACAACUGCCAGUGCAGCAGCGUAUGCCGCACCGUCGCUUCCAACGCCUGCUGCACCGUCGUUCCCGGCGUCCCUCUUAUCCUCGUCAUUCCCGGAGUCCUUCUCAAUCUCGUCCCUUGCAGCUUCCGAUGAGUCGUUCCUUCCAGGCGGUCUCCCUGUCGCGUCGUCCACACAGAGCGCGACUGCUCCGAAAGGAAAAGUGUUCAUGCGCUAUGCCUGCAAGUUGAGCCCCCCCCGUAGCAAUGGAAAUAUUGUUGGUGACCUGGCAGCUACGGGAAAAUACUCGUUGAAGGGAGUGGAGUCCUCUCCUUCAGAAUGUUACGUUGUGGAGAAGUAUAGUGAUAUUUUGAUGAAGAACCGGUUGUAUCUUGUUGUGUCUCAUCCAAAAAACAACCAUGCUCUCUGUGGGAGGAUACGGAAGGGACGCUACGCUUCUAGCGAUGGCUUGCGAGCUUUGUGA